AUGGCGCACUUCAGGAAGACUUAUUUCCUAUGCCCGAAGUCAGAGUUCAUCCCUCCUCCUCCAGAGGGUCCUUUAUUUCUUGGCUCUAUUAUUCUCUCGACGUCAAUGCCGGAGUCCUCGCUUAAUAGGGAGACUAAAAUCCCAUUAGUCAAUGAACUACCACCUAUUAUCGAGACAGAUUGGAAGAAAGCAGUUUCAGUAAAAAAAAAAGUCGAGUGGGGUGUUUACUUACAGUUUCUGGCAAAUUCAGGGCUAUUAGUUCUGGGCCCUUCAUUGGAUGCCGACCACCUUAGCAAAUCAAAGUGCACAUUUGCGUUUGACGAGGUGAAGACUAUGUCGUUUGAACCGACACCAGAGUAUGUUGCUGAAGCGAUGAAGGCACCUACUGUGCAGCAAUGGUUGAAGGAGCCUAAGCAGCGAUUUAGCCCUGUUGUCUCGCUCUACCUCAUCACUGGCAUGAAGCUCGUCAAGGGCGCGAACGUCAAAUACUCGAGUUCAGGAACUCUAGGAGUCACGGGAAGAUUUGGCAUUGACGUACCCCAAUAUGAUAUAAGUGUUGGCCCAAGGGGCAGAUGGACCGCACCAACAUACGGUGAUGGGAUGGAAUCUAACCCUACGUCUGACUUCGUCUUUGCGUUUCGCGUCAAGAGGAUUAGGAUUACACGGAAAGUCAAGACUGAAAAUUACACUAAAGGUGCUUUCAUGGCGGCUGGAAAGGAAGAAGAUGGCGACGAAAUAGAGUCUAUUUCGGUGGAUGAUGUGGAUGGCUCUGGCUUCGAGAAUGUCACGGUUGUUCACGAUGCUGCUGAAGAUGAUGAUGUUUACUGUGUCCCCAGUAAAUAG